AUGAACUCCCGCGAGCAUUCUGAUAUGCCUCCGGCUACAUCCUACCCCUCUCCCAACGCGGCGCAGAUGGCACAGGGCACCAUGCCGUACUACGGGAAUCGCCAGUUGACCGCCGACGAACUCUUAUCCGCCGAGCUCUCCCGCGAGACUUCCGGACAAGGCCUGGCAGACGGUUCGAGUAACGGCGUGCAUCACGGCCAAUCGAUGGUUCUGGGCUCGUCGAAUCCCGGUGGCACUGAUAUGGGACGCCCUUCAUCGCCGGACCAACAUCAACAACAUAUGCUACAGUUCACUCCCAGUCAGCAGGUGGGCGUCGAUCCGAAUCAUGAUCUGAGUUAUGGGGAUCAGAGCGCUAGAAGGAAGAGGUCGAAGAUUUCUCGGGCCUGCGAUGAGUGUAGGCGCAAGAAGGUCCGCUGCGACGCAAGCUCUGAAUCCGGUGUCGAGACCUGCUCGAAUUGUCGUCGACUUGGCGUCGCGUGUCAAUUCAGUCGUGUGCCCAUGAAACGCGGUCCUAGCAAAGGUUAUAUCAAAGAACUUGCGGAGCGUCUACACACUCUCGAAAGUCAGAUGCAGCCUGCUAUGGUGCACCCGGACAUGCCGUACCAGGCCAUGAAUGAGGUGUCGCCUCCCCGACCCUACCAGGAUUUCUCCCCACCAAUGGAUGCCGGCCCUAUUGGUCGGAAGAGGACGUAUUCUGUGUUCGAAGGACUACCGAGUGGACUACCCAGCACAUCUUAUUCUCAGCCUCAAUUCAAUCCCAGGGGUUCGCAGAAUGUAUUCGACGCUGGCGAGACAUCGACAGAUCCAAUGAACCCGUCGGUCAUGGGCAAUACCGCACCCAAACCGGGAAAUCUGUUUUGGUCCCCUGGAAACGAGCAUGAGCUUUCACAUGGCCUUGACAUACCUGAUGUGUCUAAGCACGGAAUCGAAGAGGACAUGACUCCUUUGGAUGUCGAUGAAGGUGCUCUCAAUGCUUACUAUGCUAAAAUCCACACCAUCUUCCCCAUCCUGCCGCAUUCGAAGGACCGUCUACUAGAAAUUCUUCAUCAAUGCAGCCGCGAGGUCCAGGAGGUGUUCCUGUAUGGUUUGUACACUGUGACGCGCACGAACCUGGACCGUGUGCUAAGCACCUUUGAGAGAGUGACCUCGUUUGAUAAUGCGCAGGAUCUUCUCUUAUAUUACACUCGGCAGCCGGCCUUGGUUCGUCCAACUGCCGUCAAUUUGGUUUGGCUUCAGACUACGCUGCUCAUGAUACUGGACUGUGACUCGCGUGGUCCCGAGAACCUUGUCCUUAAAGAUGCGGUGCCUAAACAUUCUUUGAUCCAGUCCGCCACCAAACUCGGUUCUGAUAUGGCGAAGAGUCUCGGUCAACUGAAGGCUAAACGGACCUCAGAUGCCGACGUUGAUUCAGAUGCAAACCUAGUGAGGCGCAGCUGGGUAUCUCUAGCUAUAUUGACCCGGUGGUAUGCCAUUAGUGUAGCCGAUCCGAGCGUCUUGGUGAACCAGGAGAUAGGUGGUCGGGAAGAUGAACGCGUUCUUGGAUCCGUCCCAACAGGAAUUGGUUCUUACUCUUCGUUCCUGGUCGAAAUGACCACUCUUGCCGCCCUCGAGCACAAUGUCUGCCAGACGAAUACUGGACUGGGUCGCAUGGUCGGUGCGAAUUUGGUUGCUUCUCUUGAACGUCUGGGGGAAGUUGAGGACCUCCGGAAGCCCAAUGAUGUAGCCGAAGAAGCACCAUCGUACGGGUUCCCCGAAAGCCUGCAAAACCAACUCUACUGGACUGUCCGGCUGCUCAUCAAACGGCAUAUCUUUGUUUACAGCCCUUAUGAAAUCAUCUAUUGCGCGGUUGAGGUCAUCAAUGAGUUGCAUAAAGCGACUAUGGAGUCGCGCCCUACGACGCCUUUUGAUCUCCACAGCCUCGCAUUAGCCUCCAUGACCCUGCUCGAAGCCACCGUUCUACCGGAAUAUGCAAACGAGUGCUGGGACACACUUAGAAAGGUUGAAGAGAUCCUCGACCACCGCGCGAAGGCGUCCGCCGAAGCUACAGAGUUCGAAAAUAUCUACGCCACACCUGGCUGGGACUCGAAGAUUCGCAUAUUCAUAGACUGGAGACGUUCGCGAGCUCAGGAACCCCAGCAUCCGGAUGUUGGUGUGAACAAAACUAGCUCUACAGUGCCCCCAGUCAUGGGUCCGAACGAGCAGCGCUCCCUUCAACAUCUGGCCGAUCUCGCCGUCGGCGCCGAGGGCUCUGUGGCUGCCAACGCGUCUUCGCCGCCACCCAUGGCCUCGACCGAGAACAACGUCAACACGACAUCGCCCCAUCUGGCGUCUGCGCACCAGACAAGCCGCAUGGUUGUCGACUUCACUCUUCUCACAAAGGAGGGUUAUCUCAAUGUUUUUUCGGGGCUGGUGUACCGUCGAUCUCGCUGA